AUGUGGGAAGGCAUUGGCCUACAAUUAUCUAAUUGGGAGGAGAGCAAGACGCAUAUCAACGACGAGGACAGCAAGGCGCCUAUCAAUGUCCAGGAGUGCAAGACGCAUAUCAACGUCCAGAAGAGGAAGACGCCUAUCAACGUCCAGGAGAGCAAGGCGCCUAUCAACGUCCAGGAGCUCAAGACGCCUAUCAACGUCCAGGAGAGCCAGACGCCUAUCAACGUCCAGGAGAGCAAGACGCUUAUCAACGUCCAGGAGAGCAAGACGCCUAACAACGUCCAGGAGAGCCAGUCGCCUAACAACGUCCAGGAGAUCAAGACGCCUAACAACGUCCAGGAGAUCAAAACGCCUAUCAACGUCCAGGGGAGCAAGACGCCUAUCAACGUCCAGGAGAUCAAGACGCCUAUCAACGUCCAGGAGAUCAAGACGCCUAUCAACGUCCAGGAGAGCAAGACGCCUAUCAACGUCCAGGAGAUCAAGACGCCUAUCAACGUCCAGGAGAUCAAGACGCCUAUCAACGUCCAGGAGAUCAAGACGCCUAUCAACGUCCAGGAGAGCAAGACGCCUAUCAACGUCCAGGAGAUCAAGACGCCUAUCAACGUCCAGGAGAUCAAGACGCCUAUCAACGUCCAGGAGAGCAAGACGCCUAUCAACGUCCAGGAGAUCAAGACGCCUAUCAACGUCCAGGAGAGCCAGACGCCUAACAACGUCCAGGAGAGCAAGACGCCUAUCAAUGUCCAGGAGAGCAAGACACAUAUCAACGUCCAGAAGAGGAAGACGCCUAUCAACGUCCAGGAGACUACGGCGCAUAUCAAUGUCCAGGAGUGCAAGACGCAUAUCAACGUCCAGAAGAGGAAGACGCCUAUCAACGUCCAGGAGAGCAAGGCGCAUAUCAACGUCCAGGAGUGCAAGACGCAUAUCAACGUCCAGAAGAGGAAGACGCCUAUCAACGUCCAGGAGAGCAAGGCGCCUAUCAACGUCCAGGAGAUCAAGAAGCCUAUCAAUGAGAUCAAGGCGCCUAUCAACGUCCAGGAGAGCAAGGCGCCUAUCAACGUCCAGGAGAUUAAGACGCCUAUCAACGUCCAGGAGAGCAAGGCGCCUAUCAACGUCCAGGAGAGCAAGGCGCCUAUAAACGAGAGCAAGGCGCCUAUCAAUGUCCAGGAGAGCAAAACGCCUAUCAACGUACAGGAGAGCAAGACGCCUAUCAAUGUCCAUGAGAGCCAGACACAUAUCAACUUCCAGGAGAGCAAGACGCCUAUCAAAGUUAAGGAGAGCAAGACGCCUAACAACGUCCAGGAGAGUAAGGCUCCAAUCAACGUCCAGGAAGAGAGCAGGACGCCUAUCAACGUCCAGGAGAGCCAGUCGCCUAACAACGUCCAGGAGAGCAAGAUGCCUAUCAGCGUCCAGGAGCGCGAGAGGCGUAUCAACGUCCAGGAAAGCAAGACGCCUUUCAACGUCUAG